CUGCUGUGCUGAUAUGCUGCUAUAUUCUGAUCUGUUCUUUGAUUUGCAUGUGGAUCUGCUGCUGCUGUACUAAUUUGUGCAAAUCUCCACACUUGAAUGGUAUUCAUUGUUCAUCUUAAUACGCUCCCCCUUUCUGCUGUACUGAUCUUUUAAUGCACCUAAGCUGCUGCUGAACGUACACACCUGGCUGAUCAUGUGCCUGUUCUGAUUGCAUAAGUUGCUGCCUUUAACCUUUCUGUGCUUGACUAUGCUGAGUUGAUGAUGAAUUGAACAACUCAAUUGAUUACCAAUUUGAAUUGCUGCUUGUUGACUUCAGAAUGCACACAUUCUGAUAUAAUUGGUUGCUCAAUCACAGGAUUGACCUUAAGCAUAUUCAUUCAAAUCUGACCCAAGCAUAUUUGAUUCCCUUUAAGACCUGCACCAUAUCAAACUUGGUGCAAACUCCCCUUCUUAGAAAAGAAUUGUCCUCAACUCUUAACUUCCCAUGACUGGUUGUUGUCUAAACCUUCAAGUAUUUAUUCCACUUGCAUGUAAUCAGCUGCUGCAUUUUAUUCCUGACUGGUAUUUCAUCCCAGACCUUGUUCUCCUUGUUGUAUCUUGUUCCACCAGUAAACCUUACUCAAGUGUAUGCCCAAGUAAAGCCAACCCAGUCGUGCUCAAGGCUGAUCAGAACUCGGCUUCCUCUGCUGUAUCCCUUUAAAUUUGUGUAUAAGUGGACAAAAGUCAGUAAACACCUGAAACAGUUCUCACCCUUGCUGAUCAUCAGCCAGUGGACUUGUUGCCCUUGAAUCAAUAGCUGCUGUAUGGAUGACCAAAAAAAUGGUCCUUGAACAACAUACUAAUGACCAGUUGCAGUUGCUGUAUAGGGCCAACUGUUCAACGUUGCGACUGCACUUCAGAACACAACCAUCAGCUGCUGAUUUGUUGUUGUUUCUGAGUGAUUACUGAACCUGCAAACUGCUCCUGAACCAGGUGAUCACUCUUGUUGCAGACUGAUCAAUGACUCAAACCUUGCUGCACGUACACUCGCAAACUGAUCAGGUCUGCACACUAUUGAUCAAGCUGCAGUCAAUCGUGCUGCUUCUGUGUAAUGAACAGAAUUUGAUCUGUUCUGUCCAUCUGUGCACAUGCUGCUGCUGGCUGUGUUCUGAUCUACACAUACGCCUGCUUGCUGCACUACUGAUCUGCACUUGCACCUUUGCUCUGCUGCUGCUAGUUUAAGUUUUUGUUCAUUCUGUUCUGAAAACGUACACAACCCAAAAGCCCUCUUAUCGCAUAAGAUGUCAGUAGCACAGGACCUCAUGUUUAUUGCUAUCCCCCCUAACUUACUUAAAUUAAGUUAGGAACGAUGUUCCCCAAUAUCAUCCAGCAGGUAAGGAUCAAGGUUCUCGCUCUUACUUGCAUGAUUAUCCAAACCCAUAUGUUAAACAAGCUCACCAAACUGAUUAGCUUGCUUGUGUUGCCAUAGCUCCAACUAACUUGUUGCACUUUACCCUUUUUAGCAAAAACUCUACCUCGAAUUUUUGUAGGAUUAAACUCAACAUAUCUGUCCACAUGAACGUAAUCCGCUAAAGGUGAUUUUUCAAGCACAAAAUCCACCUGGACAAACUCAUGCUUCCUAGUUUGCACAACUUGUAAACAAACCUCAUAUCUUGAAUGAGAAUCAAUCACUUCUAAGCACUCUAUUUUUGAACCAACAUCCUCCAUGCAAGUUGUCUCAACAAUGUCCUCAAAAUCUUCAACAAUCUCAACACAAGGUGCUUCAACGUCUCCUUUAAGAUCAUCAAAAAUCUCAACACAAGGUGCUUCAACAUCUCCUUUAAGAUCAUCAAUCAUCUCCACAAAAGAUGCUUCAACAACCUCUUCAAGAUCUUUAACACUCUCAACACAAGGUGUUUCCACCACGUCUUCAAGUGUCUCAACAAUCUCACCACAAGGUGCAUCAACAACUACUUCAUUAUUUGAUUCUUGAAUAUCAUCAAGAGAAAGAGCUAAUGAUGUUUGUUCCUCAACAUGCUUGGGAAUGAUCUCAACUUUAAUCCUAGGCGGAUUAACUUAAGGAUCAUACUCAUGAACAAUCACUAAUUUUGAGUCACCAUGUGGCCUUUGCAAUUUUUCUGGAAAAACACAUUGCCAUCUUCAACUCAUAUAUUUGACCCCAAACAUUCUCCAACUGUUCAUGCAAAUUAUCAGCUUGCACCCUAUACCCAAGUUGUUAACAAAUCUCCUUUGCCUCUUCAAGAUUGGCUUCUUAUCCUCCAAUGAUUGUAGCUUGAUUUUAUCCUCUAAUGUGUGUUCUAGUUUAUCAAAUGCGAUAUAGUUGUUUAUGUCUAACUUUGAUGAUUUCAUCUUCUAGACUCAAUAAAGAGUGAGAUAAGGAAAGAAAAGGAAAGAAAAGAAACGAAGGUUUGGAAAAAAAAAUUGUGCACCAAAAAUCAGAAAAUCAGAAAUCCACACAGUACAAAAUCAGAAUCUGUGUUUCUCAUAUUUACUACUUUGUACCCAACCAAACCAACUCCAAUAAUGAUGAAAAUUGGUGACAACACAACUCAAGAUGUCUACAAACACCCCAAAUUGAAAUUACUCAAAAAUAUUGUGUGGUUUAAUCACAAAUCAAAUUUUACUACACACAUACAGUCUGAACUGUUUCUGUGACCUUUGGUCAAAAACACUUGCGCAUCUUUUUUUCCACAACUCCAAUGACUACAAAACAAGACCCACCAGAAACUAGACUCAAAAAGAAUAAUUGUGAAAAAAAAAAAAGAAAAAGACUCAAAAAUGAAGGAUGAAGAGAUGAAAUACAGAAGACAAAAGAAAUUUCAACUAUUCUGUAUUUUUCAACAACACCAUGAAUGGGUCAUUCAAGAAGCCUAUAAAUGUAUGAAAACAUGCACAAAUGAUGUGGUUUAAUGAAUAUAUUAUAGUGACUGAUAAUGUGAUGGAAAAUGAAGGCCAAAGAAAGGAAUCUUGAUAGGUUUUCGAAGACAACUUACCAAGGUUCCCUGAACUGAUCAAUUUUUCGCAGUCUGUAGAGAAACAUGCAUAUCUCCUUCACUACUCCACCAAAUUCAAUAAUUCAAAAGCCAAACGUUCACCAACUCAAUGAAGAAUAUUGUGCAAAAACAACUUUCAUAAUCUCCCGCAAAACAUCCUCCAAAACGAUCAAGUUUCCGAUCUUAAAAACUGACAGAAUCUGAAAUCCUCUGAUUUUCCUAUGCAGUAUGUUCUUCAAAUGCUUCAACAGUGGUGUCUUGUGCCCUCUCGUCACUUAUGCUCUGAUACCAAUUUGCACCAAGAUAGAGUCCUCCGGACUCUCAAUCUCGCAUACAAUCAGCCCUCUCAAUUAGAGGCAGACUGAUUGACCCUUAAACACACACUCAACACACCAAACAACCCAAGAAACCAUUUCUUGGUUUUCAGGCCAGCCUUGGGUCUCCCACUUCUGGCUUCACUCACAAAUUAGGAUGAUUCCCAUGCCUUUCCCCUGAGUUCCACUCACUUAAUGGAAAGGUUGCACUGUAGAUUGUUCCACAAUCUAGAAUGCACAAGUGUUCCACACUUCUUUGUUUUGGCUGGUUGAAGAUACACACACAAACACACAAGGGAAAAGGAAGAGAGGGAAUUCAACACUUGCAAUAUGGAAUAAGAAAAGCAAUCUGAAUUAUUGAUGAAUGAAUAUUGAAAAAUGAAUUUCACGAUGAUUAGAGACCUAUAUAUAAGUUUCUAAUGUCUAACGGCUAGUAUUAUUACAUCACGUGAUUAACAUCACUUGCUUAAAAACAGAACAGAAAACAAGUCACUGAUAUAAUGAUCAGCAUUGAGCCGCUGACUGGGCUUCCUUGUGCUUGGGCUUUAAAGGGCUGUGUGCUACAUGAGCAUGGUUCUUGGGCCUUGGUGGCUAGGCGCAUGUGCAAAGAUGCCAUUUCUGUGGUUGUCCAGGUCCUUGGUGCACAGGUUUGGUCUCCACGUGUUGUGCAAGGUAGGCUGGUCAAUGGUUGUUCUGCUGUGCUGAUAUUCUGCUAUAUUCUGAUCUGUUCUUUGAUUUGCAUGUGGAUCUGCUGCUGCUGUACUAAUUUGUGCACAUCUCCACACUUGAAUGGUUAUGCAGAUACUGGAUCACCGACAGUGAGCUCCAGCAGGUCAUGGAAGUCUAUGGAAAUGGAAAUCCAGUCUUCACUAGAGAAGCUAGUUGAUAUAAAUGAUGCAAUGAGUAGAUGUGCUGCAUCUGCCACUCCAACUACAUCUGUUACACAAAAACUGGCAAGACACCGGGACAUACUUCAUGAGUUAACUCAGGAAUUCAGGCGUAUCAAAGGAAAUAUAAGCUCAAUGAGAGAACAUGCAGAGCUUCUUAGCUCAGUGAGAGAUGAUAUUAGUGAGUACAAGGCUUCAGGAACCAUGUCUCCUAAGAUGCAGCUGUUAAGAGAAAGAUCUGCAAUACAUGGAAGCAUAUCUCAUAUAGAUGAGGUAAUAAAUCAAGCUCAGGCGACUAGGUCAGUCUUGGGUUCUCAAAGGGCAUUGUUUGGUGAUGUUGGUGGAAAAGUAAAGGUUUUAAGUGAGAAAUUUCCUGUCAUCCGCGGCCUACUUGGUUCAAUCAAACGAAAGCGUUCCAGAGAUACAAUCAUCCUGUCCACAGUCAUUGCUGCUUGUACUUUGUUCCUUAUUAUCUACUGGCUCUCCAAAUGACAAGGCUAUGCCUAUACGGAGUAAGGAGAAACAUCUGCUGUUGUCUUCUGCAGAAUUUUUGCUGUUUCUGUAACAAUUCUGGUAAUGUAUCCAAGGCUAAUGAACCCUGGUAAUUGCAAUACUUUAGUUGGGCAUUGACCUGUCCCACAGAAGAGAAGAGGGGUUUCCUUUACCCUUUUUGUUUAGGAGAUUUCUGGAGGUAGAAACAUCUCCGUUAUAUGAUAUGCUAUCGCACACAUGCUUACUGUCUAAUGAUUCUUUUUCAAGUUCGAUCCACUUUGAUUUUGUAGAGUAUGGAUGGCAAAGUUUGCGAGUAGGUGCAAAUACUCUCUUGUUCAUAUCUGUAUCCACCCGUUCCUAUUAUCGAAUUCGAUAGUAGGUAAAUACUUACGUCUGUCGACAUAUGCAUGUAUUCAAAAAGAAUGUACAUCUAUUAUUCAAA